CGCAAGUCGUAGACGAGAGACGACGGGUCGGGCGUAGUCACGGGCCGGGGGGCUUUUGCAAAAUUUCCGUGCAUGUCGAUGGGUGUCGACAGCCCGUUGUACAUGCCCUUAGCAUCGGCCGACUUUCUCUGGCGUUGUCAUCCAUCCAUCAGACUAUCAGAGACGAAGUCGUCUGUGUUUAGUUCCUCUGGAAUUUACUGUAGCGCUGGGAAAAACACUGUACCACUUUUCGUUUGUUUGUGGUUGAUAUUGUCCUACCAUGACCUAACUAUGCUCAAAAGAUUCGUCUCGCAACGUACAUCAAAACUAUGCAAUUAGUUUUUUAUUUACCUACAUUUAUUACUCCAUGUAUGGAUCAUUUACUACAUUUAAUGUUUCGAUGUGAUGGAGAUGUGAUAAAGAUGUGAUGGAAAAUAAUGUUUUUGUGGGGGUUUUUUAUCUAAACGGGGCCGAAGACGACGGGCAGGAGAGAGCGGAGCCCCAAAAACAUGAUCCCGUCUCAGGGGCCGUUUAGUUCCCAAAAAUUUUCACCCAAAAAUUUUCACCUUCCUUUUGAACACAUGUAUGAAGCACUAAAUAUAAUUAAAUAAUAAAACUAAUUACACAGUUAGGAUGUACACGACGAGACGAAUCUUUCGAGCAUAAUUAGUGCAUGAUUAGACAUAAGUGCUACAGUAACCCCACAUGUGCUAAUGAUGUGGUCAAAGGCCUCAAAAGAUUCGUCUCGCGGUUUCCAAGUGAGUUCUGAAAUUAGUUUUUUAAUUAGUGUCCGAAAAAUCCUCCCGAUAUCUGGUCAAAGUGUCGAUUUGACAUCCAAAAAUUUUUGUUUUUGGAACUAAACGGACCCUCAGCAAGCAGGUGUUGGAAUGGUCCAGUUUCUCUCUCCCGAUCGACCAAUCCUGGCUGAUCAGACAUCUACCUUAUUUUCUUUGCGAGAAAAACCUCAUUGCUGGUGCGGUCUGUGUCUGAUGUCAUGUGUGUGUGCCUGUGUGUAGAAGCUGCUAUUCGCUUCGUUUUUUUUAAAAAAAAUCGACUCACCAUUUUGAUUCUAAAAAACUUGGCAUGCAGGGGAAAGACCAUCCCCACAUCAUUGUAUCAAGAAGAAAACCUUCUCACAUAGGUCAAAAAAACCCCUCGAAUCUCUGCCCCCACCCAUACACAGUGGCCCGUCGCUUUGUGAGUUAGACCGGACUCAAACUAUAUUUUGAACAUGAAAAUAGAUGAAUUUUUUUUUACUCUUGCACUACCAACCGAAAAAUUCAUCCCGAAAGGUAUCGAACCCCGGUCGGCAGGCAGGAUCGCCUAAAAAAAGGUUUAGGACUAAUGUAUAUGUGAAAAGUGAGACAAAUUAGGAGUGGAGAAAGAUGAAUUUAAUUAGGUGGUAGGAUAUAUAGAUGCAUGCUGAUGCUUUAUUUUAUUGUUGAUACAAGCCCACAUUCCCACAACUUGUGAAGAAUAUAUAGAGCUUUUGGACAACAGAAUCAUAUCCCGGCAACCAGUCUCGAGCAGGCCUCCAUAAUCUCAAGCAGGCCUGUGCCUUCGACAAAGACGACAAGGCCCCCAGACUUGGAAGGAUGAUACGCGACGGCGUCGAGGCCCGAGGCCCAAAAGUAACAUCCUGGGCCAAGUCGGCGGCCCCGUGGACGAUGACACUUACUUGACACCAGUUUAGCUGCACUACAACAAAUACAAACUUCUUUUCGCUCAGGUUUGUGGAGCUCAAAAAGGCAGGCAGAAGUAAGCCUUGCGUUGACUCCACAUGUGAGAUGUCCCAUCGGCAUGAGAAGCCAGCGACUGUACAAUUCGCAGGGACACCUAUCCUCCGCCUGACGCCGGGGAUCACCGGCGUCCCGCGGCGGCGCCGGCAAUCUGGCAGGCUCACCGGAAGCGUGGAGGAACUGAUUCCAGUCGCCUUUGCCCCGGAUGAUUGGGUUGGUUGGAAAGGAACGUGGGCAAGCCUGGCACAUCGUUAUCGGUCGUCCCUGUGCUAGCUGACUACCUCCACGCGCCGUCCCCGCGCGGUCGGCGCAGACCCACCUUCCUUGCAGUUGCAACUGCAUUUUCAUUCAGUUCCCCUGCACCUGCAAAGGCCUCCUGGGCAGCUCUCCCGGCAUCUGGCUGUCUAUAUAUGUGCUGGCUGACUUGUCCCUCGUCGGCUGAGUGAGCAGGAUCGGAUCGACAAGGCGACGCAGGAUCCCAACCAAUCCAGGCAUCGAGCAACAGUUAACCGCCUGACAAGAAGGCAAGAACACGAGGCAGCUGCCGCCUGAAUCAAGCUAGCUCGGUUCGCCGCUGGAUCAGCCGAUGGACAUGGAGAUGGAGAAGAAGGACGCGUCGUCGGCGCUCCAGAGGAGCCUCUCCGCCGUCACCUACUGCUGCGGCGCGUGUGGGUACGACCUGCGCCUGCGCUCGUCGGACCGGAACACGGCGGGCAUCGUGGGCGGCGGGUACGGGCGCGCGGCGCGGCGCGGGGUGGUGGCCUUCGACGCCAUCGACGACGCGCGGUUCUGCUGCGUCGACGAGUUCUGCUGCGUCGACGUGCACGCUCGCAGGCUCUUCGUGCGCCGCAUCCGCCUCCUCUGCCGCAAGUGCGGUGCCAGGCUCUUCGUGCGCCGCAUCCGCCUCCUCUGCCGCAAGUGCGGCGCCACCCUCGGCUUCGGCUACGACAACCGCGGCCGCGGCGCCAACGGCAGCAAGUCCCCGCGCUACGACAUCAGGAUCCGCGCCCUCCAGCCUCUGGCCGACGCCGACGGCGGCGACGGCACGGCCGCCUCGCCGCCCGCGCCGUCGGACGGUGCCUGACGGGUUCCCCGUUCUACCGUCCGUUCGAUCUCCGCGCCGUGAAGAUUCUUGUCUUGUCUUGCUCCUUUCCAGUGACGCGUUUGCUGCUGUUUUUUCCCUGCAAGUCGCCGUCGCCCGUGGUUUUGUCCGCAAGCAGCUCUCUCGCUUGCAUCUCAAGAAAUGUACAAAUUGGUGGUGUCCUUUUCUUCCCCCCCUCCCGAUUUUCUUUGUAAUUUUUUACUUGAAAGAAAAGGGAUUUGUUUGUCGAUCU